GCGUGGCUCAUUUACAAAUUGACGAAUCAAGACGAAGAACAAGAAUCCCCGACAAACAAGCAAGCAAAGCAAGCCUUUCACCAACGCCAUCGUAGCGUGGUUUUGAUGACCCCAAAUGCAGAGAACAAGAACAAGUAAGCAAGAAGAAGUCCACGUCCUCGCCGACACCUCGCGCCGAGCCCCUGCGGCAACCGCCCCUGAUCCUCGGGGCGACACCGCAGCGGCCAAGCAGACGCCGAGCACCCCUUGUUGGGACCCGAACAGCAGCGAGUCGAGCCACAACGCCAGCCACGCCGACGCCGCUACCCUCAAGCAGGAGCAGCAUGAUGUCCCCGAUGUGGAGACACACAAGCAAGAUGGCGACUCCGUCGUGCCUGCUGGCACUGGCCAUGAUCCAGUGCAGAUCAUUGACACCUUCGACGACAUGAACUUGAGCAUGGAACUCCUCCGUGGCGUGUAUGCUUAUGGCUACGAAGCACCCACAGCCAUCCAGCAGCGUGCCAUUGUCCCCAUCUCCAGUGGACGCGACAUUAUUGUGCAGGCUCCGUCCGGCAUGGGAAAGACGGCCACGUUUUCCAUCGGCUCUCUGCAGCGCGUGGACACGACGCUGCCUUCGUGCCAGCUGCUGGUCCUGUCCCCGACGCGUGAGCUCGCCAUUCAGACCGCCGACGCUUGCCAGUCGCUGGGCUCCUACGUGGGCGUGCGCGUGCUGCCACUGAUUGGCGGCCAGAGCGUGCGUGACCAGCGCACCGCCCUGCGCGAAGACGGCAUACACGUGGUGUGUGGCACCCCAGGACGUGUGAAGCACAUGCUCAGCGACGACAGCCUCGACUGCCGCCAGCUCACCACCAUCGUCCUUGACGAGGCAGACGAGCUCCUCGAAUACUUCCAGGACGACAUCUAUGACGUGUUCCAGUUUGUGCCCCGCGAUGCACAGGUCGUCCUGGUCACCGCCACCACCACAGACGUCCUCCUCAAGAUUUCCAAGAAGGUUCUGCGCAACCCCGUGAACAUCCUGGUGAAGCCGGAAGAGCUGCGACUGGAAGGCAUUCAGCACUUCUUUGUUGACGUGCAGCAGCACCUGCACAAGUACCCGACGCUGUGCGACCUCUACAACUCCCUCAACACGGCGCAGACGGUGGUGUUUGUCAACCGGCGCCGCACAGCGCUUGAGCUGGAGGACCGCCUCGUCCGCGACAAGUUUGCCGUCUCCGUCAUCCAUGGCGAGAUGGAGCAGGACGAGCGCAUCGCCACGCUCGACCGCUUCCGCUCGGGCCAGAGCCGCGUGCUGGUGGCCACAAACGUUGUUGCACGCGGCAUUGACGUGCAGCAGGUGUCGCUCGUGAUCAACUACGACGUACCGCUGGACCGCGAGAGCUACAUCCACCGUGCUGGCCGUGGCGGGCGCCAGGGCCGCAAGGGCGUCACCAUCAACCUGGUCACGCAGGAGGAUGCGCGCUUCCUGCGCGACAUUGAGUCCUUCUACAGCAUCGCCAUCAACGAGCUCCCCGCCGACCUCUCCAUCCUGCAGCUCUGACCAGAGAGCGGGCUGAGUUGUGCUUGUGGAUGUGCUGUACAUGUGUUGUUUGUGAUGCUGCUGAGAAACGAGCAAGCUCAACGUGUGCUUUGUGUGGCAUUGUGUUGUGCGUGUCUGUAUGUGGCGUUGUGUUGCGUUUCUUCCCUACCGAGUGAGGCUGAGGUGUUGUUUUGUUCCUUAAGGUGUGUGUGUGUGUGUGAUGCUGAGUUGUUCAUGUACUCUGUUCCUGUCCUUUCUUCCUCCUAAUUGCGAGUGAGCGCUCCGUCUCCACAAGGCUCCAAGAGUACACAGCAGUUGACAUGAAUGUCAAAAGUUGAGGGA